ACUCCAGGAGCCAAAGUCAGUCUUUUCCAAAACUGAGAGGGAGCUCACCUGGAUCUGGAGAUGGCCACACUUGGAACCCUUAAUCCCUGAGCCAACUUCAUAUUAUUGUCCAGGGUAGACUGUUUCUACAACUCCUUAGAAAAGGAAUAAAGUCCUGAUUUUCUUCCCUCAGGAAAAUGGACUCAGAAAUCCCAGAAGCCUUCCAGAAGGAACUCACCUUCUUCAUCUGCCUGAAUUUCCUUCUAGACCCAGUCACCAUAGGCUGUGGGCACAGCUCCUGUAGAUCCUGUCUUUGUCUUUUCUGUGAACAAGUCAAAGUCCUUGCCACUUCUCCAGUGUGCAGACAAUGAUCAGGACAGAGAGACCUUGAAACCAAUUUUCUUCUGAAGAAUCUAGUGUCCAUUGUCAGAAAAGCCAACCUCAGGCAAUUCCUGAAGUGUGAGGAACACCUGUGUGGGACCCACAAGCAGACAAAGAAGAUCUUCUGUGAAGCCAACAAGAGUUUGCUCUAUUUGGUCUGCUCUCAAGGCCAGGCGCACAAGACUUACAGACACCGUUUCAUUGUAGAGGUUGCUGAGGAAUCCUGGGAAAAGGUAGUCAACCAAAUGAGAUCAUUGUGGGAAAAGAUCCAAGGAAUUGAGAGAAAUCUCAAGAAAAACGGCAAAGGGAUUGACCAUUGGAUUUUUAUGUAUAUCAAUGUUGAGACAUGAUUUGGAGAACUUACCAGAUGACAUGGCCAUUUCUUCCAGAUUAUUAUGUAGACAGUAUCAUAAGUGAAGGCCAAAGCAUAUGUAAGCAGCUCACAAGAAGGCAAGAUGAAAUGAUUGGAAAGAAGAGAGAGCUCAGAGUAAUACACAAGGAGCUCACGAAAAUGUGCUCUAAACAAGACAUGGAGCUACUCCAGGAAUUGGAAGACAAAGUGAAAUGGAGUGAGUCAGCCCAGCUGCACGUGCCUCGGCCUCUGCUCCCAGAACUCCCUGCACCACCUAUGUCUGGGCUGAUGGGCUGGCUCAACCGCUUCCAGGUCAAUUUUUCAUUCAGUAAUGAAGUAAGCAGUCGGCACAUCAGGCUGUUCAAUGAUGCAAGAAAUCUGAUGUAUGAACAUGACAGCCUCCAUGUGUCUUUGGAUGGUGGAACAUCAAAGUGUUUUGCUGCAUGGGGAGCCCAGAGCUUCACCUCUGGCAAACAGUACUGGGAGAUGCUUGUGGACAACUCUUGGGACUGGGCUGUAGGCGUCUGUAAGGAUUCCUGGAUAAGAAAGGACGACAGCAUACUGGACGAGUCCAACAGGGACAAAUUUCUCCUUGUGUGUGUGAAGCAGGAUGAUCAUUACCAGCUCUGGACCACAGCCCCCUCCACGCCUCUGUACAUAGGGAGACCUCUGGGCAGGGUUGGGGUGUUCCUUGAUUGUGACAGUGGGAGUAUUAGUUUUGUGGAUGUUGCCAAGCCCACCCUCCUUUGGAGGUACCAUGAUGGAGUGUACACUUUCCCUGUCAGGCCCUUCAUUUGUACUGGCCACAGGUGAGGAGGCUGAGUCAUGGCCUGGACGGGAUGCUCAGGACUCCUUUUCUUAGAGAGCCCUCCUCCAGUGCUGUAAAUCAAGAAUACUUCAUUGACUUUAGGCUCUUUCUACUGUAAUGGACUCUCCUUUAUUGUUAUUCAGUGUGAAGAUAGUGUCAAAGGCAAACUUCACUUGUUGCCUUCCAUCUUUCUGACAAUAAAUUCUUGUCUUGAAACCA